AUGAAUCUUCUCGUUUGGAAUGUCCGAGGACUUACGGACGAGUCUAAACGACUUCUCAAGGAGCAUUGUCGUUCCUUUUCUCCAUUGAUUUUGGGCAUCAUUGAGCCCAAAUCAAAGUUUCGCAAAAUUCAGAUGAGUUUCUGGCAAUCUCUGAAUCUCACGCCUCGCCACCAGAAUUGUAGAUUGCCGCGGCGAUCUAACAUUUGGUUUUUGGCCCAGCCUGCUGUUGCCACUACCAUUCUAUUCUCUUCAGAUCAGGUGGUUGUUUCUAAUUGUACUUGGCAGAAUCUUUGUUUUCGGGUUGCUGUUAUUCAUGGUGCCAAUGAUGCAGUUCUCAGAAGGAAUCUCUGGGCUGACCUUCUUAAUUAUAUUGAUGGAAACACGGUUUUUAUUGGUGACUUUAAUGCUGUGAAAGGAGCUCACGAGCGUCUCAGCACGGUUCUCCCUUCUAGAAGUUCUUGUGCGGAUUUUUGCAGGUUCAUUGAUGACACGGGUUUUCUGGAGCCCUCCUCCUCGGGUCUGCAAUUUUCCUGGUCGGGCAGAAGGUUUUUACCCAAUCAUGUGGAAACUCUUCUGGAUAGAGCUCUUAUUUCUUCUUCUUUCGAUAAUAUUUGGGAUUUUGUUAAUUCUCAUGUUUUGCCAAGGCUUACGUCGGACCAUUCAGCCAUUGUGCUUCAAUGCAAAUCUCGUUUUGCUCCUGGAAAAAGGCCGUUCCGAUUCCAGCAUUUGUGGAUGGACCACGCUGGUUUUCUUGAUCUUGUGCGGGACUCCUGGGAUGCCGUGACUUACACUCCUUGCCCGAUCUUUAAGGUUAUGAUAAAGUUGAAAAGAUUAAAAAGUGUGCUAAGGGAAUGGAACAGAACUACCUUUGGCAACCUUGAUGCUAAGUUAGCUGAAGCUCAGGAGGAGCUUGCUUCUGUUCAGGCGCGUAUUUCAAGGGAAGGGUACACGGAUGAUAACUUUGAUGAGGAAGUAACUAAGCAAGCUGCUAUAAACACGAUGCUUACCAGAAAGAACGUACAACUUCAGCAGCAAAGUCGGGUCAAGUGGCUUCAAGAUGGUGAUAGAAACACGGCUUUUUUCCAUAAGGCGCUUCGGAAUAGGAAAUCGGGUAUGGUCAUUAAUCAUCUCAACUUUGAGGGUGACAUGGUUUAUGAGCAGUCAGCUAUUGAGCGUCACAUUGUGGAACAUUUUACUGCUCUUUUUUCGCAAGGAGCUGCCACCAGUGUGGAUUUGGUGGAUUUGGAAGCAAACAUCGACAUGCAGGUCAACGAGGCACAUAAUAGGUGCUUGAUUGAUAUUCCUUCUGAUGAGGAAAUCGCUGCUACUGUUCGCAGCAUGGAUGCUUCCAGCGCUCCGGGGCCGGAUGGGUUCUCAGGGGUGUUCUUUCAUCACUGUUGGGAUAUUAUUAAGGAAGAUAUAAUCCGUGCUGUGCGUUGUUUCUUCCUAAAUUCUUUUCUCCCCGAUGGUUGCAAUGCUAAUACUCUGGUGCUGAUUCCUAAGGCAGAGGCGGUGUCUUCGGUCUCUGACCUAAGGCCGAUCAUCCUUUCCAAUUUCUUCUUUAAAAUCAUCUCUAAAGUUUUAGCGGUCAGGCUCAACAGAGUUGCUUCUGAUAUUGUUUCUCAGAAUCAAUUUGGCUUUAUCAGCGGUCGGUCUAUCCAUGAUUGCAUCAUGCUUGGUUCAGAAGGCUUCAACUGCAUGAAUCGCACUAAUCGAAGCGCGAACAUGGCUUGCAAGAUUGAUAUCAAGAAAGCAUUUGACACCAUGAACUGGGAUUUCAUUCUCAAGGUUUUUCGUGUUUUGGGCUUCCAUGAAAGAUUCAUUCAAUGGAUUUCCAUCAUUUUUAGCUCGGCUAGAAUUUCCAUUCUUUACAAUGGACAUCUCAGUGGUUAUUUUGCUUGCACUAGAGGGGUCAGACAAGGAGAUCCUCUUUCUCCUAUUAUCUUUGGCAUCGCCGAAGACAUGCUUAGUCACCUGAUCUUGAAUUGUGUCGCUGCUCGUCGCCUAACUCCCAUGAGCUUUUGUAGAUCGAUGUUGUUCCCAACUCAUCUUCUCUAUGCCGAUGAUAUUCUCAUUUUUUGCAAGGCUUCCAUUCGUAAUGCUAAAACGAUAAAACAUAUUCUGGAGUACUAUGGGGAGCUGUCUGGACAAGUUUGCAGCUUGGAGAAAUCACGCAUAUACUUUGCGAAGGGAGUUUCCUCGUCUAUGAAGCGUGGAAUAAAUCAGGUCUUGAAUUUCACUCAGGGGAAUGAUCAUAUUACUUACCUGGGAGCGCCGUUAUUUGUGGGGAAGCCAAGGGCUUCUCAUCUCACAAGCAUCAAAGAUAAAAUUAUUCAUAAGUUUUCAAGAUGGGCGGGUUUGCAUCUUUCGAUGGCUGGCCGAAUUUGCCUUGUCAAUUCUGUCAUUCAAAGUUCCUUAACUCACACUAUGAUGGUUUACAGCUGGCCAAAGUCGCUUCUUUUUGAGCUGGAUCGAAAAUGCAGAAACUUUAUUUGGACGGGGAACACUGAGCAAAAGCCUUCUUGUUCGGUAAAAUGGAGCAGAUGCUGCGCCAUUAAGGAGGAGGGUGGAUUGGGGAUACGCUCGUUUACUUUAAUGAACAAGAGCUUUCUAAUGAAGCUGGCUUGGAAUAUGAUAAAAGGUAAUUCCUUUGCACACAAAACCCUAUCUUCUCGUUAUCUCAAUCCGCAGGGCUAUGCCAAAGAGAAUGUGGCAAACUCCUCGAUCUGGAUAGGUGUUAAGCAUGAAAUUAAUGUACUGGUGGAUGACUCUUAUGUCAUGGUGGGGAACGGGCGGUACACCCUCUUUUGGCUUGAUGAUUGGUUGGGGUAUAGGAUUCGUGAUAAACUUGGCAUUCCUGCCUUUUUAUGGGGUUUAUUACAGCAGCCAAUUUCAGAUUACUUCUUUGAUGGCAAGUGGCAUUUCUCUGAAAACUUUGUUGAUAAUUUCCCUGAAAUUGUGUGCGAUAUACUUCUUAUUCAUUUGGGAGAUGGGCAUGAUGAGCGCUUUUGGAAGGCCUCUUUGCGCGGAGAUGUUACUUCCUCGUUGGCUUUCGCCAAUAUAUCACAUAGAUACCCUAAAGUUGUUUGGGGGAAGUGGAUCUGGGAUCCGGCUGUUCCUAUACGCCGCUCCAUUGUCUGCUGGAGACUCAUUCAUGAGAGGCUUCCUACGAUUGAUUGCAUGAUUAGGCAGGGGCUCAUUGUUCCCAAUGCUUGUCCGAUUUGCCUUACUGCUGCGGAAUCUAUUAAUCACACUUUCUGGGGAUGUUCUAGGGUGAUUCCGAUUUGGCAAGCCUUUCUUGGCUGGUUUAGGCAAUUGCAUCUGCUUGACUGCCUUGACGUUCAGAGUUUUUUGGUCAUGGCGUGGAAUAUGAAUUUUAGCUCUCUUCUGGGAAGAUUGUGGAAGAUUGGAAUUCUAAGCGCUAUUUGGAUGAUUUGGACUAGCAGGAAUGCAUGCAUCUUUGACGAUCAGGCUUUUACUGCCAUAAAGGUUCUGAGCUUCAUAAAGACGGCUUUCAAGGAAGCCGAGGCAUUGCCGUUGAAGCUCGGCUUCAUGGCCAAUGAAUGGAACGAUUACCUCACUUUACGAUCCAUUGGGGUUUCUUCUCGGCCUGCACCUCCGCCGGAAUUCUUAUCUGUGCAUUGGUGGCCGCCGGAUAUUGGUUGGAUCAAAGUAAAUACGGACGGCUCUGCGUCCGGCUCACCGGGUUUAAUUGCUGGUGGUGGAGUGUUCAGAGACCACGCUGCAACUGUUCAGGGGUGUUUCCACACAAAGGGAGGAUCGGGCUUCGCUUUUGAAGCCGAGCUGCUUGCGGCGAUCACUGCCAUUGCGAUAGCUUAUAACCGAGGAUGGCACAAGCUCUGGCUCGAGGCGGACUCCUCAUAUGUUGUUAGUCUCCUACAGCAGCGAUCGAUGGAGGUUCCUUGGCGUUUCAUCAGUUAUUGGAAGGAGACGCUAGCUCGCUUACAUGAGAUCACUUUUCGGGUUUCGCAUAUUUAUCGGGAGGGGAACGUUGUGGCGGACAUUAUGGCAAACCCUGCGAGACAAGAGGGUUUUUGGAGCAAUGGGAUUGAGGUCAUUGACGACGCUGUCAUCCGAGACAUCCCGAGCCAUAGUCAUCUUCGUCGCAUCUAA